AUGCUCGAAAAACAAGCGACUCAUGUCUCUACCUUGCCAAGCUCGCCCCACAAGGAGCGCACUCAACAACCACCUCGCAGCAUUCUUAAAAAGCCAUCUUUAGAACCAACCAGUCCUUCUUCUCCAACAUUCUCCUGGCCUCUUGCAACACCGCCGAUCAUGUCUGCUCCUACGGAUCCUUUCGCCGUCUCGGGCUAUCGACCGAGUCAAUGGUCAGUAUUGAGCAUCACAAAAACACACCAACAAACAUCGUUCCCGAGCAGCUCCCCAACAAACACCGAAACAAGCCUCAGCAGCAUCACGGUGACUCUGCUCUACAUGCCGACCGAGACACUGUAUGCAUGGCCCUUCAACUUGUCCUCGCCAAGCGCCAAAGGAGUCUGCUACGAGACGCAUUCGAGGGAGCAAGAUGGCGAAGUUUCUCGUAUGCCUCCAGAUGGAACAAUGAGCACGAGCCUGCGGGUGUUGGCGGAUGUCAUCCGGUCCUGGAUGAAGAUUCGUCGAGAACGAUCGACCUUGGCACAGCAUCGCAGCUCCUUCUCCUCUUCCGCAGAUGGGCCCAGUAGUCCCACUACCUCGUCCAUCGACCGAGUGGUCGACGACGACGAAGUGAUCGACGAGAUCAUCGACACGCUACGGCUGCACCAACUUACACCUUUUGAAAGAUGCAUCUACCUUUUGCGGCAAGCUCUGCCCGAGCCGCCCCUGGUAGAGUCUCGUCAUGCAGCACAAAUGGCAGCUCAGUCAUCCAGGGGACGUUCUCAUUCGAAAUCGAGCAGCUCCAGCGGCGAAUCUGACGAUGAUCAGGAUUGGCGCCAGCGCAGCGAUUCGUCCGCUUCCAGUCGAGCGAGCACCGUUGAAGCUAGCCCAGAUCACUCUCCUCAGCCCAAGCAGCGUUGUUCGGCUCAGCUGUCCAAGAUCGACACCUCAGUUGCGAUUCGUACGCCGCAUAGUCCUGAAAGCGACGUCCCUCAGAUCCGCUUGGUCGAAGCUACUCCGCAAGACUCGGCGUACGAGGAACGUGACCGUGUCCUCGAGAAAGCAACCACGCUUGCAAGUCGCAGUAGGUCCAGCGUGGGUAGAUCGAUGGACACCGUUCAUGAAGACGACUCGGAGGACAUUGAUGCGGAAGUAGGCACCUGCGAUGGUGAAGAGGUGAACCUCGUCAAGAUGCUUCCUUGUGACCGCGGCGUUGUGGCCGAGGAUCAAAUUUGCCCCAAGACGCUGGUUCCUUCUGUCGCAUCGACCAAUGCUAUCAACUUCAAACCCAGUAAAACCAGCCCUUCUUCGCCCACAAAGGUGCGCUUCCGCGAUCCUUUCAAGGACGUCCCGCAUGCCAACUCCCAAAUCGAGAUUCGCGUCGGAGCGACCGAGCACAGUAGUUCCGACUCGAUCCAGCCGGACCCGGCCAAAAGCAAGAUCCCAAAGCGACCCUCACUUGAUGGUCUUCGCUCGAUCUUCGGCAGCCGGCGUAAGUCGCAGUAA